AUGCACAUCUCCUCGGAGCACCUCGGCAACCUGCACAAGUACAAGUACAGUGUCAUCGACGUCAGUCCGUUGAGUAUUUAUGUGCUGCAGCCCUACUGGAACUACUCCAUCCGGUUUGUGCCCCACUGGAUCGCGCCCAACCUCGUGACGCUCUUCGGAUUCUUCGGGCUGCUGGCCAACUAUUUGGUGGUGGCCUACCACCUGCCCCUCAUGGAGGGUCCCGCUCCUGCCUGGGUCUUUGCUCUCUCCGCUUUGGCCAUCGAAUGGUAUUCGCUACUGGACAACCUGGACGGGCGCCAGGCGCGCCGCACCGGCACGUCGUCUCCCCUGGGCGAACUCUUCGAUCACGGCUGCGAUUGCCUCGCUGUUGCCGUGGGAGCGUGCACGGCGUCGUGCAUCUACCAAUUCGGCACCUUCUACUCGAUGCUCGAGCUCGUCACCAUGUCCGCCGCCUUCUGGCUGGCCUCCUGGGAAGAGUACCACACGGGCACCUUCUUCCUGGGGUUCUUCAACGGGCCGACGGAGGGACUCAAGAUCCUCCUCUUCUCCUACCUGUGGACGGCGUUCGCAGGGCCGCAGUUUUGGCUGCAGAAUUGGAAGGCCGUGCUGCCCUUCGCCCUCCCCGGUGAGUGGCCCGACUGGGAAGUGCGCACCGUGUGCGUCUUCCUCUCGGUGACUCCCAUGCUCGUCACCUUCUACUACAACAUUAAGUCGGUGCUGGCGCACAAGGCCAAGACGAACCAGCCUGUGGGGCCAGCUCUCAAGGGCGUGGCCACUUUCUUCAUCUACUGGGCCAUGGUCGCCCUCUGGUAUACCGCCAGCAGGUCCCUGUGGUCGGCCCACCCUCACGCCCUGCAAAUGGCGGUCGGCAUCGGGUUUGGCGAAAUGUCGUCGCGGCUCAUUUUGAGCCAUCUGUGCAAGAUGGAGUACGCCCUGCUGCAGCGCCCGAUGCUGCCCCUGGCCCUCGCCGUCCUGUGCUCCCUGUCGCCGCACGUGCUCCCAGCGAGCCUCGGGGUCGCCAUCGACGAGGAGCUGGUGAUGUGGGCCUACCUCGCCAUCACCAUCGUGGGGUUCGUGCACUAUGCGUGGACCAUCGUGAACGAGAUAACAGCCUUCCUCGGCAUCUCCUGCCUCAGCAUCCCCAAGGCCAAGUGGUACAAAGGCCAAUAG